GGAAUUCAGAGGACGGGGAGAUCUCUCUGGUGGGUUCCGAUUACUGCAUCCAUCUACUUGAUGAUGUUGGGAGAUGCUGCAAUCUUUCUGGACAUCUCUCUGGUGGGUUCCCAUUACUGGAUCCAUCUACCUGAUGAUGGUGAGAGAUGAUGUGAUCUUCCUGUGUGGAAUCCCGGGAAUACAGAGGACGGGGACAUCUCUCUGGUGGGUUCCCAUUACUGGAUCCAUCUACCUGAUGAUGUUGGGAGAUGGUGCGAAAUUUCUGUGUGGAAUCCCGGGAAUACAGAGGACGGGGACAUCUCUCUGGUGGGUUCCCAAUACUGGAUCCAUC